AGGCAGCCAGGUUGGAGUCUGCAGGAGGGGCCUCUCCUCCUUCCUGUGGAGGAACACCCAGCAUCCUGGGGAGGGACGGUGACCUCCCACUUCCUGUGCGGCACUGACUCACGAGUGUGGGUCCUCACUGUGCACCCCAGCAGGAGGCCAGGUGGAGCAGCCGGGUUGGCCCGAUGGCACCCAGGGACCCCGCCCUCCUCUGCCUCGUGCUCUGCCUGGCACGCACGGUUCUGGUUCCGGGUCCUGUUCUGGCACAGGAAGAGGAACUCCCCAUUCCCUCCAUAUCCGCGGUGCCGGGGCCCGUGGUUCCCUGGAACGCGUCCGUGAGGAUCCUGUGCGGGGGGACACCAGAGGCCUUCCUGUACCAACUGUUGGUCCCCGCGAACUCCACACUCACGGUGGUGGACAAGCAACUGGGAUUUCAGCAGCAGGCGGAGUUUGUCAUCAGCAGGGUGGACGCCAGCACUGCCAGGCAGUAUUGGUGCCGGUACCGGAGAGGGCUCCGCUGGUCCGAGCAGAGCAAGGCCCUGGGACUGGUGGUGACCGGCUUGUACAGCAAACCCUUCCUCUCCAUGGAUCAGCACUCAGCAGUCAUACCAGGAGAGAACGUCUCCUUCCACUGUCAUUCAGCACACACUCCAUUUGAUCGAUUUGCCCUGGCCAAGGAGGGAGAUACCUCCUUGCCACUGCACCAGCAUGAGGGGCACCAGGGCAACUUCACCCUGGGCCCUGUGAACCGCAGCUUCACAGGGAAGUACAUCUGCUAUGGUUGGCACAGCAGCAGCCCCCAGCUCUGGUCUGCACCCAGUGAUGGCCUGGAGCUUGUUAUUGCAGGUUUAUCUGGCUCGUGCCUCCUCACUGCUCCCAAAACUUCAGCUGGAAGUGCAGACAGAAGAACACGCAAACCCCCCACACAAACGUGUUUCUCGGGAGACAAGAACAACUUUGAUCAGCAUAUUAGUGGAUGCUUCCUAUCGACCCCAGGAAUGCAAAUUGAAACUGUGCCUCACGCUCCCAGGACUACACUGUGGAGAAUCUCAUCCGGAUGGGCCUGGCGGGCCUGGUCCUCCUGGUCCUCGGGAUUCUGCUGUGUGAAGCUCAGCACAGCCAAAGAAGCACUCGAGAUGCCGCCCGGAAGUAAAGACAGCAGACAGCGGCCACUGCUCGGAGCGGUAGAGCCGUGGGAACACACCUGAUGGUCUCAGGAAGUUCCGGAGAAAAUAUGUUGCAAGCGGGGACUUCUACUUAGCAAACGUCCAGGAGGCCAUCACGUCCAGGAGGUUCGAGCACGGGGAGCCAGCAGGUGUGCGGCACGGAGCUCUUUCCCCCACGGAGGGCAGCGCUUCCCUCCCUCUCACUCCAGGCUCUGCGGACCGCCCCUGCUCUCCUCCUGUUCCGUAUGUGAGGGGGCGCCCCAGGGGCCGGUUCGGGUCUCACUUUUGCACCCUUCGUGCCCUGUUCCACACUCAUGUGACAUUUUCCUUCACUGUAAUUACAACUUUCCCCAGUUGUAUGAAUGAGGCCCCAUCCUUUCAGCUGACAACCCGGAGUUGGUACAAAUAACAGAAAAAUGUGCAAAAAUAAGAUUCCAGCAUGAAAGAAACUAAUGCAGAAUGAUGUCCUCACACCCUUUCUGGGCCCCGAAACCCAUGAGCCAUCAUCAGAUGACCUUUACGAGGUUUUUCCUGAAAUAUAACGAGUUGGUCUCAACACUGA